AUGCCGUUGGUGGUGCAGCAGACGGGACCGUUGAGUUUUUGUAAUGUUACGGUGAUUUAUACGCAUCCUGGUCAUGACGAUUCCGUUCGUGUCAAUGUCUGGCUGCCACUCGAAGAGAAAGAAUGGAAUGGGAAUUUUUUCGGUCAAGGAGGAGGUGGUUACGCUGCAGGUACCGAUGGUGCACUAGCACCAGCUUUAUCCAUGGGCUACGCCGCAGCAAACGGUGAUGCCGGGCACAGCUGGUAUGAGAACGCACUGGACUCGUCUUCGUGGGCGACCAAGAGUCCACACAAUGUGAACUAUCAUUUGCUCAGCAUGUUGGGUCAUCGUUCUCUCGAGGAGCUCACUCUGAUUGCCAAGCAUGUCACGGAGAGUUAUUAUGGCAAGAAGAUCAAGUAUUCGUACUGGAGUGGAUGCAGUACUGGUGGUCGUCAAGGCAUGGUCCUGGCUCAACGCUACCCAACGCUAUACCAAGGCAUCUACGCUGUGGCACCAGCAAUGAACUGGGUGACUUUUAUCGUAGCAGAGUUCUACCCACAGAUCGUAAUGAAGGCUCUCAACUACUACCCAGCGGCCUGCGAGCUCAACGCCAUCACCGCCGCAGCAGUGGAAGCAUGCGACGAACUCGACGGCGUCAAAGACGGCAUCAUCUCUGCACCAGGCCAAUGCAAAUUCGAUCCCCAAACCAUCGUCGGACAAGAAUAUGAUUGCGCAGGCUCCACCCGCAAAAUCACCACAGAAGCCGCCAAAAUCGCCUCUGCCACCUGGUCUGGUCCCAAAGAUCCUGAUACCGGCAAAUCCAUCUGGUUCGGCCUAACACCCGACGCCUCUCUCCCCGGACUCGAUCCCAACUUCGGCGGAUUAGCAUCAACCACAUGCAACGAAGAUUCCACCGAGUGCAAACCACGACCCUUCCCCGUUGCCGCCGACUGGAUCCGCAACUGGCUUCUCAAAGAUCCCGCAUACGACCUCAGCACCAUUGACGAAGAACAAUUCCACAACCUCCUCAUCACGAGUUAUCAAGAAUACACCUCCGCCAUCAACACCGCCGACCCGGAUCUUCGCCGCUUUCAAAAAUCCGGAGGAAAACUCCUCUCGUGGCACGGCUUGCACGACCAAGUAAUUUCUCCCAAUGGUACCUCUUCCUAUCACGACCGCGUCGCAGCCCUCGUCGGCCCCAAUGUCAAAGAUUUUUUCCGCCACUUCGAAGCUCCGGGUGUCGCGCAUUGCUUUGGAGGCCCCGGAGCUUAUCCCACGACGGGUUUCCAGGAUUUGGUCCGAUGGGUCGAGCACGAUGAGCCGGUGGAGGAGUUGGUGGGGAGAAAUAUCCCGUGGCCCGGAACGGAUCGGACGAAAAUUAGGCCGUUUGCGAGGAUUUUGUGUCCGUGGCCACAGGUUGCUUCGUACAAGGGAGGGGAUGAGGCGAGUUUGUCGAGUUUUGAGUGUAGAGAUGGUUUUGAUUUGAGCAAGGUGAAGAAGAAGGAGGAGGGCAAGGCGGCGAAGGAUGAAUUGUAG